ACAAAACGUGGAUUACCGGCAAGUGGAGUAGAUAACUAUCUUUGCUGCUCUUCAAUCCUCAAGCUUGCUUUUAAAUAAACCAAGAAGUAAUAUUUUUUUAUACCAAUUUAUGAUGAAAUUUUUCGUGAAGAUGUCUAGUGUUGGUAGGUCAGGAUGUCUCACAGAUCUUCCAAAGCCGUUUAAUAAUGAAAUCUUCAAAACUCCAAUGAUUAUGGCUUACACACGAGGAGGUGCUAUACCUCACCUAACAUUUAAUACAAUGCAAAAAAUGGCUGAUCAAAAAAUAUUUCUUCUUCAAACUCUUCCGACUGUCGUAGAAUUAAAAGAUGCUGUAAAAGAACAAAAUAAAGGUCUGAAUGCUUUUGUUGGCCUACCUGAGUAUCCAUUUCAUAUGUCAGUACAAGAUCCAGGUACAAUAACUCCAACUGGAUUUAAUGUUAAUAAAGGAGUUUCAGUAUGGUGCGAAGGUGGAAAGAAAAAAUUGACUCCUGGUGAAUUUAUGGAAAUUAUCAAAUCAUACCGUCCAAUAUCCUACCAAGCCCUUUGUGAUAGUGACACUCCAUUGAAUUGUUCAAAAAAGCGUUUAAAUAAAUCAGUUGAUAACUCUUUGAGAUUUCUAGACUCAUGUUUAAAAGAUCAUGAAGAAUGUAGUGAGCUCGGCGAUGUUGCUAUCUUUGGAACAAUUCAAGGUGGUUAUGAUUCUUUCUUGCGAAAGAAGUCUGCAGAAGCGACUGCUUCUCGAGCUGUAGAUGGAUUUGUAAUUGAUGGUUUUCAUGUGAAUGGUCCUGAUGUGGAGAAUGUAGAUAUUCCAAAAAUGAAAGAAUUAUUAAAUGAAAUAUUCCAAUUCUUACCAGCAGAUAAACCAAGAAUUUUGCAUGGAGCUUUUGAACCAGAAUUGAUGCUUGAAGCUAUUAAGUGUGGAAUUGAUAUAUUUGAUUCAUCUUAUGCUUAUAAACUUUCAGAAACAGGGGAAGCAAGUAUAUUUCCAUUAUGCAAAAUUCCAGAAUAUUUUCUAAAUGAAAUUUCAAGCAGUACAGCCAGACGCACUAAAUGUUCAUCUGCAUUAACUCUUAAAGACGAUUUAUACAAAGCUGACUUUAAUCCAAUACUCGAAAAGUGUGACUGCUACACUUGUAAGAAUUACACUCGUGCAUACAUUCAUCAUCUUCUAGUAACUUCUGAACUGCUGGCACAGAUUCUUCUAAUGAUACAUAAUCUACACCAUUUAUUAAACUUUUUUAAAUGUGUACAAAAUGUUCUAGAUAAUCAAAGUGGAAUUUAAUCAGGAAUAUUGUUUUAUUUCAAAUUGUAUUCUGUUA